ACAGCUUUACCGCGUAAUUUCUUAUCUUGACUCCUAACAGCGGCUUAAUUUAAAUAACCAACAUUAACUCGUAAUCCUAUUUUGAGCCGGAUUUUGGUGUCGACCACAGAAGAUUCUAGUCUAAUCUCGACAAAUUCAACUUAACUCUAUCCUUUCAAGGAUCCAUUCGUGAGUAAAAUCCAAACGCGUAUAGAAGAUGGUUGAGGUUAACGAUGGUCGCCAUUUUAAAAAUCCUUACCAGGAUUAUAUGCCUGGAGACCAGCUUAAAGUGGGAGAUACAAACAUCCCAAACAAAAUUGUCGAACUGUUAAAUGUUCUGAAUUCGAAUUUUGAGAAGUUAUCGUCGUCUGACGUAUCAAUGUACACUGGCUUGUCAGGUGUUGGACUAUUCUACUAUUUCUUAUCACAAUGCAAAUGUGAAUUAUUAGACAGAAAGAUACGUGAAAAUGGUGUUGUAUGUACUGAGAAGUUGUUAAAUCGAUGUCUACGUCAUAUCGACUUGAAGAAGUUAUCUAAAAAUAUCAGUGUUUACACUAGCCCGAUCGGUCCACUGUGUUUAGGUGCUUUAUCAUCAGUCAAGCAUGGAAGUGAGAAUACAGAGGCAAAGAAGUUCGUAGAAAACAUUUUGUCAGCGAGUAAAUAUGGCUUGGAUGUGGACUGUGGGAUGCCUGAUGAAGCGUUAUACGGACGUACUGGCUAUCUAAAUUGUUUGAUAACACUUCGAGAAAAUAAUUUCGACAUCCCUGUUUCUGUUGUCUCGUCGAUAACAGAUGCUAUAUUGAAGUCUGGUCAGAAAACAGCUGGUGCUUACAAAUCGAAUGGUUUUUAUAAUCGAUUGAUGUAUCAGUCAUCGAAAAGAGAUUUGUGCAUGCCACCGUUGAUGUUUGAAUGGCAUGAUAAAUGUUAUCUUGGUGGAGCACAUGGUUUUGCUGGUAUCUUGACUACUCUACUGAAGGUAUAUCGUUUGUUUCCUGGUAGCAUAUCAUCACAUUCCUUAAACCAGUUAAUUCUACCUACUGUUGAUUGGAUGAGUCAACUUCAGAUAAUCAGCGGAAAUUGGCCUUCUAGUUUAGGGGAUAGCUUAAAUCGUGAUGUAUUAGUUCAUUGGUGUCAUGGUGCAACGGGUGUUAUUCCACUUAUGCUCUCAGCUCAUAAGUUCACUUCACAGGACAGCUAUUUAAAACCAAGAAGCAUUAGUUAGCUGUCUCGUCCCAGUAUGGAACCCCUCAGUUGUACACAUCGACGGCUUCACUGAAAAUGAGAUUCAGAAUAAAUGCUAUACAUAAUUAGAAUGCAUUUAAAACUGUUAUACUUCUGCGUAUUAUACUUUAAUAUAGACCUAUACACAGCCAAAUACCUAUGGGAAUAUAUUCACCGACGUUAUCCUACUACUUCACGAAUUAGAUCCUUAGUUCAAGUGAAUGAUUGGAUGUCUGAAAAAAACUAAUUAUUUCAGUCGGCUUGCAGUAUGUGUCUUGUGCCUUUUAUAUAAAGUAAAUCUGGUACCCCAAUUGCACUAAGGAAGUUUAUUUAGCUUUAUACCCUAGCUAACUUUAAAACGUAUAAAACUAUUGCAAAUACAACUUCCUUAAUUCCUAUAAGUCCGGGUCUUUUAAUUCCAUUGAGGAUUUUGCUCAUUGACUCAUCUUGUUUGGAGCUUGUUCAAGUAUUCUAGGUAAAAUUUAGAUUGGUAUCAUGAAAUUAAGUAAGUGGGAUAUAUCAUAAACCAUCUCUUAGUAGUACCUGUUGCG